AUGGAUAUGAAGGACAUGCGAACACAAAUGGGUCAACUAGAUACUAUCGUGAUAAAAUUGGAAGCACAAGCAGCUGGAAAACUUCCUUCACAACCAUUAAAUCAUAAGGAGAAUGCCAAUGAUAAUAAACUACGAAGUGGGAAGCAAGUAGAGAAGCCGGCAACAUCAUCGGUGUCCCAUGAACCUGAUUUGGAGAAAGAAGAGGGUGAAACAGCCCCUAAAAAGGCUGACCCGGUAACAAAUUCUAAAUCUAAAACUCGUGUUUCUACUUAUGCUACUCCUCCGCCUUUUCCUAGCAGGUUUGCAAAGUCGAACAAGGAGACAUUGUACCAAGAGAUUUGGGAGAUCUUUAAGAAGACUGAAGUGAACAUUCCACUAAUUGAGGAGAUAACGCAGGUUCCUCGCUAUGCAAAGUUCUUGAAGGAAUUGUGCACUAAAAAGCACAAAUUGACCGAUUUAGGAGCAUCCAUUAAUGUUAUGCUUGCCUCCAUCUAUGAAUCAUUGAAUCUUGGUCCUCUUAAAGAUACUGGUAUUGUUAUACAACUUGCUGAUAGGUCUAAUACUUACCCGAAAUGGGUUAUUGAGGAUGUUUUGGUGCAGGUUAACCAGCUUAUUUUUCCGGCAGAUUUCUAUGUUCUUGACAUGAUGGACGAGCAUUCCCCAUCAUCUACUCCCUUGUUGUUGGAUUCUCUUGCUCAACAGGUUUUUGAAUUGAAUAAUGAUGAUGCUUUAGAAAACACCAUAAUGGAAGGUUUGGGUUAUGGAAAAUACAAAGAAUUUGAAAGUGAAUUUUCUAUGCUUGAUGAGAUUAUAGAGGAUGUUUUAUCUCUUAACUCAUUGCAAGAAGUUCCACAAAAGUACAAUGCUUCUUAUGUUUUCUUGCCGCUUACUAAUGAGAGACUUUUACCAUCGAUUGUGCAGGAACCCAUUCUUGAGUUGAAACCACUUCCGGAUCACCUCAAAUACAUAUAUUUAGGUGAUAAGGAAGAGUUGUCGGUAAUCAUUGCCAAAGACCUUACCUAG